CAUCACUACUGCUGCUCCUACUACUACUCACUCAUUCACUCAAGUGUGCAUCGUCGUCCGUUACUGAUGUCGAUCACGGCCAGCUCGGCGGCGUUGGCCAAACUGGAGCCAUUCCUGCUCCUGGCAAAGAAUAUGCGCGGCACAGCAGCAGCCAAGCUCAUCGAGGAGGCAACCGCUGCGCCAGGCUGCUACGUCUUCUCCGAGCUGCUCGAGUGCAACGGCAUCGCCGAUCUCGCAAAUGACGCUCAACACGGAGCGAGCUACCGCAAGCUGGAGCUGUUUGCCUAUGGGGAUCUCAUCGAAUAUCACUCUGCCCCGCCUGGCACCUACCCGAGCCUGACAGAGGCUCAGCUCGUCAAGCUCCGGCACCUCACCCUCGUCUCUCUCGCCACACACAGCCGGUCACUCUCCUAUGCCACCCUGCUCCCCGCGCUGGGCCUGGGCUCGGGAGACGCGCAGGCGAAUGCCCGUGAAGCAGCAGGUCCCUCGUCUGGCGCGACGAGCAGCAAGCUCGCGGCUUCGCUGGGCCCAAAGCAGGUCCGGCAGCUCGAAGACGUCGUCAUUGAUGCCAUGUACGCCGGCGUGCUCAGCGGCAGGCUCGAUCAGCGCAUGCAACGCCUCGAAGUCGACGGCGUCAUGGGUCGCGAUGUCCGUGGGCCUGCCGAGAUCGAGAAGCUGGCCACGUCGCUCCAGGAGUGGUCGAGCAUCACCAACCACCUGCUACAGACGCUCCAGGCGCGCAUCAACGAGACGCGCAAGGCCGACGAGUCGCGCAUCGAAUCGCGCAACGCACACAAUGAAGAGCUCAGAAGGGUCCUUCUCAGCUUGGCCAACAGGCCGAAUGCGGCGGGUCUCGGAGGCGGUCCUGGAGGGGGCGGCGGUGGUGGUGGAGGAUUUCCUGGCGACGUCGCGAUGGGAGGAGGAGCGGGUAGUGGCAAUGGAUCAAGGUACGACAGGUUGGGAAGCGACAAGUUCGGCGAGAUGAUGGACGUCGAUGAGGAUCAGGGCUCACGAAGAAAGAAAGCGGGAGGAACAGGUCCGAUGCGCUCCAAGCGCAGCCGAGCUUGACAUGCAAGACCAUGACGACUGCAUCUUUGUAACACAACAACACUCCCCGUUCCCACCAAUACAAUUCUUUCCCCUCC